AUGUCCUGCCCGACCGCGAGGACCGCCGCCGCCUUCGCCUUUGCUUCUGUCGCCGCCUCGACGCUCGCCUCGGUCGGCCGCAGCUCGCCGCUCGGCCUGCCUCUGAUCACCGGCUACCUCGUCGCUGGUGCUGCCGCUGGGCCAUACGUGCUCGGGAUGCUCACGCACGACGAUUGCACCAGCCUCGCCGACCUCAUCAACAAUGACGCGAUGGGCUUCAUCGGGUUCUCGGCCGGCACCAAAUUUCUGCUGAGCGACAUGGAGGGCACGAUCCAGCCGACGCUGGUGCUGCUGACGGCGCUGGUGCUCGUGACGUACGGGCUGGUGGGAAGCUGCUUCUACUUUGCCGCACCCUACCUCCCGCUCACAGCCGGCCAGACGCCGGAUGUUCAGCUUGCGACGUCGAUGGUCGCGCGCUCUCCCUCGUCCGCGAUCGCGCUCAUCACGGAGCUGGGCGCGCGGGGCGCCUUCACCACGAUGACUCUCUCACUCACGGUCCUGACCGACGUCAUCGUCGUCGUCCUCUUCGCCGUCACGAUGCUCCUUGUCGGCGACGGCGGCGGCGGCCAGCCUGGCUGGGUGGUGCUGGCGAGCUUCGCGGCGCAGAUCGCCGUCUCCGUCCUCAUCGGAGUCGUGCUCGGUUACGCGAUGGACUGGACCGUCCGUAUGACGGCCGCGCUGCACGCAAAGUUCCGCCUCCACGGCGGCGGCAGCAUGACCAGCACGGGCGACCGCCGGUCGAUACACGAGAGGGUGGCGUGCCCCGCCGCGGUGGUGCUGUCGAUCCAGGUUGCUAUCGUGCUCGCCGAGUCGAUGCUGAUGCAGCUCACCGGCUUUGGCAUCUUCGAGUCGGAGCAGUGGGAGGAGAAGACGUGGGGCGGUACCUUCCACCAGCCGCUCAUCAUCUCGAUGGUCGCCGGCUUCACCGUCGCCAACUAUACGCCGAGCAGGCUCGCGUCCCGAGAAGCGGAAGACGUGGUCAUCUACAUCGCCUUCUUCACGCUCACCGGCGCGUCGCUGCAGCUCGACGUGCUGCUCGCCGGCGCCUACCUCGUCGACGCGGAGCCGGCGCACCGCGACAAGUACUGGAUGACGCUGCUGACGCAAGCCGGCGUCACGCUCGGCUUGAUUACCCGCGCCGCCGUCCUGGCCGUCGGAGACGCGCACGCCGACUACGCGCCGGCAGACGGCGGCAGGCUGGGCGUCCUCGAGUCGUCGCGGCCAAAGGCUCGGUGCGCGGUGAUCGUGAGCGCGGCGGGCGACUGGGAGGCAAAGGCGCUCACGCUGCGGCUGCAGCGGCGAGGAUGGCGCGUGCUCGAGUGCGGCAUGGAGACGGGGCGCGAGCUGCCGGCACGGCAGCAGCGCCGCGUCCCCGGCCGGGGCAGAAUCGACCGGCGAGAGCGGCGCUUCAAGCAGGCGCUGCGGGCGGGGCAUGUCAUCGGUGCCGAGAAGUUUCGCGCGGACGGCUCGGUGCUCGAGCGAUCGACGCGCAAGCCGUCGGCGUUGGGCAAGCAGCCGAGCGGGGCGGUCCCGCUGCUUGACAAGGGCGCGGGGCCGUCCUUGGGCGAAUGGGAGCUGCAGCUGCUCUGGGCCAUAUCCUCGCUCGAUGCGCUGGACGUGCUCGACGACGACGCCAACUUGAUUGCGAUGCGGCACUUGGGCGGGACGGCCUCCCUCUUGCCGGAGCUCCUCAAGUGGCAGACAGUGACGCCGCAGCUGCUCGUGAACGACAUUGCGCGACAGGAGGAGUACGAGAAGGCGUGUCCGCCGCAGUUCCGGCUGACGCUCGUCUGUCCCACGCUGGCGAGCCGGAGCUUCGCGAUCCCGAACCUGUUUGCCGAAAUGCUGCACCCCGACUGCCACUGGACACUCGAGAUUGACAACGACAAGCCGCUCUCGGGGCACCCGGUCGCGCCGCUCGGGACCAUCUCCGAGGUGGCGAGGGACUCGAAGACGCUGAAGAAGGCGUCCAGCGACUACGGCGGGUUUGGCGGGCGCGAAUCGGCGCCGCCGUUUCAAAACGUGCCCGAGUCGCCACUCGCAUCGCCGGGCGACUUGCGCGACCACCACAUUUUUGCGACCACAUCGCUCGCGGGGACCGGCAUCCCAAAGUCGAACACUGGCCUCUAG